ACGUCAGAGGUGGCCAAGGACGGAUCUAUCGACCGCGGCUCCGCCGUCACACCUCGCUCAUUCCUUCAGCAACCACGCCCCCACACACACACACACUCAAAACACACGAUCCUUUGACGGCCCUGUCAGUCCAUCUUUCGUUAGUGUCUCUCUGUGAAAGCGUCAGUGUAUGUCGUGUUUAUUCUUUAUUGCCCCCUCGCAAGGUAAACCACUUUCCUGUUGGCCCCCCAACCCCCUCCUCUGACGAAGCUCAGAACGACCAGAGAGAGAUAGAUAGAAAAAAAAGAAGAAGAAGAUAGUUUUUGCUUGCCUAUAGCUGCGAUUUUUUGGGCAGUGGAGUUUGACUACGCUUAUUUAUUUUGUAUCCGUGUGGAGGAGGAGGAAGGCGCCCUUCGCGAUGGCUUCUGGGUGGACGGUGGCUACUUGCAAGUUGGGAAACUGAAAGAAAGGAAGUCUGCCGCCAAUGCUCGCGCGUGGACACUUCCUCCAAAGGAGAAGAGGUGACGGGGUAAGGGCUUCCAGGACUCCCUCAGGAGCACAACAGGGUCCUUCCAGAAGAGAAGCCUCUGCGUCUUCCACUUACCAGGAUCCGUGGGUCAGGCAGCCGCAAGUGAGAGGUCAGGCCACCCCUUCUUCGGCUACUUACUCUUUAGCCCCUCCCCAACAGGGGAUCCCAGGGGCCCAUCAGCCACGGCAGCAGGCCGCGUCUAGAUCCCUCUCCCCGAGGCCCUCGGAUGUCUCUUCGACCGGAGGAGAGUCACGAGCCUCGGGAGCCUCUGCUUCUUCAAGGUCUCUGUCGCCGCAGCCUCGUGGCAAAGCAAGCACAAGCACCGGCAGUGUCUUCUUCAACACGAUCCACGAAGGGAGAAACAGGCAGAAAAUCCACGCCCAGGCCUUGCAAGAGGGCAUCAGUAAAACCAAACUAGGAGAUGUGGUCCAGUAUCUGCAAGGCGCCAUAGCGGCUGAAGAGAGUACUCUAGAGCAGUCGGUGACAGACAAGCACUGGAAGCAAAAGCAGAAAAAGCAAAAAUCGCGGGAACCGCGUAAUUUCCGAGAGCAGCAGAAACAGCAACAGCUGACCCAUCUGCAGCAGCUUCAACAGCAGGAACAGCAGCUCAUCCAUCAGCAGCACUUGCAGAACCAACAGCAGACGAACGAACGCCAGGAUCUGCAGCAAAGGCAACAGACUCACCUCAAGCAGAUUCAGGCUCAGAAUGCAGCACAACUGGCCAAAUUUAGAAACUACCAAGAGAGCCACGCUUUCCAAGACCUGAAGUACCGACAGUGGCAAAUUCAGCAGCACCUCGUACAACAGUACCAGACCCAACAACAGAAAUUAUAUCUGCGUCAUGUUCAGCAGUACCAGUCUCUACAGCAGCAGCUGAUUCACAUCCAACAACAAAUCCAGCAAACAAAGCAGUUCAUCGAGCAUCAACAAAUAGAAGAGCGCCAACGAGCAGAGGAAGAGGAGGAGGAGGAAGAGGAGGUAGAGGAGGAAGAGGAGGAGGAAGAGGAGGAGGAGGAUGAGCAGCAACAACGAGAAGAGCGGGAGAGGAUUCAACAGAAAGUAGAGGAACGCCUUCGCCAAUUGGAAGAAGAAGAGCGGAGCAGAAAAGAGGCGACCCAACGAGAAGCGACGCCAAAACCAUCAGAUGAUACAACAAACAACAACCAGGACGACCCCUUCGGCAACAUCAACAGCCUUCUAAAGCAAGCAAUCUCCACCCCACCGGUAGACCAAGAAAGUGACAAGGCAGACCAGACACCAUCCACUUCCGAAGCAACUCUCCCUCCUUCAGUCAGCCACCUGGGGGACCAAGAAAGCAAAGAACCUCAACAACAACAGCAAGAGCAAGAGCAACAACAACCCAAGAAAGACAUAACCACACGUAACCGUUCACACAGUUUCAAUGAACUAAGCACCCAGGAAAAGGAACGUGACAGCUACUUUGCCAGGAGAGCUUCCUUCAGCCUAAGCAAAGGCCCAUCAGGAAUAAAUGUUGGUCCGUCUUCACUGCGUCAGGGCCCAAGUGGGAAUCAAAAAGGACCCGGAAACCUGAACAAAGGUCCAGCCUGGCUCAACAAGGGCCCUGGGAAUCUCAGCAAAGGUCCUUGCUACGCUGCCAGAGGACCCAGUGCUUUAAGCAGAGGACCAGCGGAUCUAAACCAAGGGCCAUCUGACUUGAAUGUCGGUCCAUCCGAGAUCAAUUUGGGACCAUCUGAUAUAAGCUUAGGUUCGUCUGGUAUCAACAAAGGCCCUUCCGGUAUUAACAAAGGUCCAAGUAACAUGAACAAAGGCCCUUCCAGUUUAGCCAAGGGCCCUGCAAAUACAAUCCUUGGACCAGCUAGCACGAGGCUGUCCGCUGAGCACUUGCACUGA